AUGUCCGAGCCCGUCGAGGACGACAGCUCCGUCACGAUGCUCGACGUUCUCCAGGUGGAGAAUCAGCUCGAGGAAGACGCGUACGCCGUUCUGGGUGCAUCCGACGACCAAAAUUGUACUUAUGGCAAGGGAUACAUAAGACAGGCGCUGUACGCUUGCAAAACUUGCUGCUCGGAUAAAGUCCGAGCUGCCGUUUGUUUGGCGUGCAGCUUUCAUUGUCACGAGGGUCACGAGCUCGUGGAGCUGUACACAAAGCGACACUUCAGAUGCGACUGUGGAAAUACCAAGUUUAAUGGCAAACAAUGUAAUUUGGAGAAGCUGAAAUCCGUUACCAAUACCGAAAAUAAAUACAAUCAGAAUUUUGACGGUGUUUAUUGCACUUGCGCAAGACCGUAUCCCGAUCCGGAUGGAGAGGAGGAUGACAUGCUCCAGUGUGUAAUAUGUGAGGAUUGGUAUCAUUUGAAGCACUUAGAAUGUGACAACAGUGCACCAGCAGACAAUGCGUACGACGAAAUGAUCUGUGCAGGCUGUAUGAGAGAACACAACUUUCUGUGGAAAUAUGCAACAAAAUAUGCAGUUCCAAAAAAAGUGGAUGCAAAAUUAGAUGAGAGAUCUGAGAAAAACGAAGAGAUUGAUAUCAGUGAAUUGCCUAAGGGAUGUCAAAUGCCAAAAGUUAGCUGCAUGGACACUAAAGGAAGCUGUUUCUGGAUAGAAGGUUGGAGAACCGCGUUGUGUACUUGCGACGAAUGCAAAUCGUUAUAUAAUGCAAAAGACGUUGCAUUUCUACUCGAUCCAAAAGACAGUGUACAAGCGUAUGAGGAAGCAGGCAAGAUGAAUAAACAAGAAUCUCAAUACGAAAAAGGCAUGAAGGCUCUUGCAAGCAUGGGCCAUGUACAAAAAUUAACAGCGAUUGAAGAAUACAACAAUAUGAAAGAACGACUUAUGCAAUACCUGCAGAAAUUUGCUGAAAACAAGAAGGUUGUACGUGAAGAAGAUAUUAAAGAGUUCUUUUCAGAAAUGGAGUCCAAGAAACGUCCUAAAGUGACAGUGCCAACAUAUUGUCGUUGAGAACUUGUACUUUAUCUCCAUAGCUAACACUGAUCCAAAUAAAGAAAAGAAGCAUUUUAUUAUGUUUUUAUGGCAGGUUUGUAUAUCAUUAUUUUUAAGAUUUUUAUAUUUAAUGUUUAAUCGGUAUUAUGUUAAUACUUUGAAGAGCCUUUCAAUAAAAAUUUUCAUAUAUAAAUACAAAACAUGGAAAUGUAAAAAAAAACAACACUUGCUGAGAUAUAAAGUUAUAAAUAUAUAUCGAGGAAGAGUAUUAAUUUUGGAAAGAAAAGAUUCGCUAUUUCUUUGCAUGUAUGAUAUUUAAUCUCUAAUUUGAUCUAUUUACGAAUAAAUUUUUAUUGAAAA